AUGAUGUAUAGCGUCAUUUGCACCCGUGCUGCUUAUGCAUUAUAUAACCAUAUGGAUCAACUUAAAAAGUCGUCCAAUCAUACUUCUUCUACUGAGCAUGUAAUCAGUCAAAAUGAUCAAGAUAAUACUUAUCAAAAAUUUUCUAGAGAUCCUUUUUCCAAAAGAGGCAGGUCUUAUAAUUUAACAAAAGCUGCUGCUAUUAGAAUG